AUGCGCAUCGACCGCCUCUCCACCGGCCAAGCACUCACCCAGAAUGGGUGCGGCAUGCAGAUGGCCACGGCCUCGCCGCUGGCGGGCGCGUGGAUCGACGCGUACGAUGGUCAUCACCCGAUCGUCGACGUCGGCUGUGCGUACGGCCUCGCGGUGAAAGAGGCGGCGGCGCGCAGCGUGCCGGUUUUGGCCAUCGACUGCUGCGAGGAGCACCUAGAGGCGGUCCUCCACUUCUUGAACGGCCCACAGUGCGACCGCGCGCUCGCGGCCCUCCACGCCACGCUCGUGCCGGGCGGCCUCCUCUUCGUCACAGCGCAGUCCGUGGAGGGGUUUCUCAAGGUGGUCUUUCCCGACGGCAAUGCUGAGGCGCGGCGGGUCCGCGACGGCGUCGCCAAGCGUGCUGCCGCUGGAGAGCGCUGGCCCGGCACAUACGUGAUGGAGUCGGAGGACGUUGAUCUCGAGCAGAUCUACUCGGGCGUACUCCGGGAGAGCGUUGGCGCGCAUCUGCCGCCCGAAGCGCUGCGCGCGGCGACGCCGAAGUACGAAGUGGUGCACACGGCGCAGCACCUGAGGGCGGGGGCGGAGCGCGCCGGGCUGAUUGUGGUCUCGGCGGUGGAGACGAGCCACCCCGGCUACCCCGAUGGGGCGGACGUCGUGCAGCUCGUGGCGAGGAGGCCUCUCUGA